AUGGCUGAAUACGGCGCUGCUGCGGGCGGCGGCUGCUGCGCCUCCAUCGUCGGCGCGCUCGGGUACUGGUGCGGCCUUCCUGGCGCACACGAGCCGCCGGCUUGGCUGCGCGACCGCGAGCUCAUUUCUUCACCUCUGCGCCUGGCUCACAUGCUGCGGCCGUAUGCAGAGCGCUACGGCGCCGAAUCGUCGUGCUGCGACAACUGCUGCCGCUGCAAGUGCGGCUGGGACGAGGGCGAGUACGUGCGCGAGGACCAGGAGGCGGCGCGGCGCCCCAAGGAGGGCCUCGCGGGCGCCGCGGGCGGCGACGCCGCUCCGCCGGCGUACAAGGCGCAGGAGCCUAUGGUCGUGCCCUGUUCGGCUGAGGCGCCGCCGCCGAUCGAGGUGCCCACUGCGCCAACGCCAGUCACUCAGCCUGUCGGUGACGGCGUGGCUGCUGCUCGUUGA